AUGACUCUCUUCCACACCCACCUCACCGUCCUCGAGCAAACAGCCACACGCUCGCCGCUCGCCCCCGCCUUCCGUCUCCCGCGCCUCGGCCCUAAUAGCGACAAGGUGCUUGAAUGGGACACUGUCACCUACCAGCAGUUCUGGCAAGAUGUGGAGACCUUCGCCCGCUGUUGGACACGAUCGCUCUCCGCAGACGGCGUUGCCAGGCGCUCCGUCGUCGGCCUCUGGCUCGGCGGAGUAACCUACCUGGACGCAGUCCACAUCUACGCGAUCGCGCGUGCAGGUUACAUCCCCCAGUACUUCUCGCUGCGGCUUCCCAACCCUGACAUCAUCUUCGAGUUGCUCGAGAAGUCCAAUGGCCGCGCACUGAUCUACGAUGCAUCCUACGCUUCGCCGGUUCUCAACGACCAUCCAUUGCCAACCUACUCCGCAGUCGACGCCCGGACGCUUCCGGACGCGUUGGAAGUGGCCCUGCCUCCUAAUGUGGCAAGUACGAACGCGAACGACACCCUCAUGAUCUUCCAUACCUCGGGCUCAACAUCGGGCCGCCCCAAGCUGGUUCCCGUCAGCUAUCGCUGGUGGGACUGUAUGCUCUCUAAGAUCAACCGUCACAUGCGCCCAAGGUCGUCUCGCGACGGUCGGCAGGACGUCACUGUUUGGAUGGGCAGCAUGUGCCACUUCGGACAGUCUUUCAUGCUCGCCGGGAUGAUCCAGCACGCUUCGUGCACAGUCCAAUUCACCCAACAGGGAUUCUCUUCUGACGAGCUGGUCGACAUGAUCCAACGGUGUGGUCUGUCCCGGAUCAACAUCUUCCCUACCUUCCUGGCCCAGCACCUGCGAAACUCGCGGCAUAACCCGAAGCUCCUUGCCUACCUGCAGAGCUUGGACCAGAUUCUGAUUUCUGGGCUCAUGAUGUCGCCCGAGGAUGAGGAGUGGGUAUACACCAACGGCAUUAAGCUCCUCAACUGCUACGGCAACACCGAGGUCGGCUCGAUGCUUGUCACGCCCGACGAGGACCUGGAGACGGGCUCUAUCGACGCCAUGCACUCCCUCACUCCCGUCCGUGGCUCGCACUUCGCAUUCGUGCCCAUCGACGAUCCGGAGGAGGCCGACCCCACCGUGGACGAAGCAGCGUACGCCAACGCCAACGCGCAGCUGCUCGAGCUCAUCGUCCUCGCAGACUCGCCCGACUGCCCGGACCCGUCCCUCCGGCACGCGGACGGCGACUACCACACCGGCGACCUCUUCCUCUGCACCGGCCCGGGUCGGUACGUCUACCGCGGCCGCAACGACGACUGGAUCAAGUCCGAGAACUCGCUCCGGUGCGACACCAAGGCGAUCGAGGACAACGUGCUCGCCUCCUGCGCCGACCUCGUCGCCGCCGCCAUCGUCGUCGGCUCCGGGCGCCCGUCCCCCGCGCUCUUCGUCGAGCCCAAGUCGCCCGCGGCGGACCGCGAGCGGCUCCGGCGCGACGUCGUGCGCCGGAUACGGCCCUUCCACACGCGCCGGUACAUGCACGAGCGCAUCGUCUCGCCCCAGUUCGUCUUCGUCGUCGACCCCGGCACGCUCCCGCGGACCGCGACCAAGGGCAACAUCCGCCGGCGUGCGGUCGAGGACCAGUUCAAGGCCCAGCUAGACCAGCUCUACGGCGGCGCGGUCGCCGCGCGGUGA